CACACAGAGGUAUGCGCAAGACGCGCCCAGGUUCAUUUCACAGUACGAACUCCGGUGCUCAUCCAGAGUCAGAGUGCAGUGUGGAGCUAGACAUCUCGUGGAAAUCAACUGAUUUUGUCUGAUGGAUACACUUAUACUUUAAAGGGAAUCAGUGUUUUACAAUAUGAACUCGUGAAGUAAGAGAAAACCAAGGCUUUCACUUCAAAGACCACUUGACCGGCCGUCAUGGAAGGAAAAGAGGAGAUCAGUGAUACUGACAGUGGGGUUAUUCUGCAUUCUGGGCUUGACAGCCCCACCACAGUGAUGAAAGAUGUGAAUACUCACACUCGGGUCAUGAAACUCAAGCAGCAAGCUCUGGAGGACAGGCUGAAGAUGUGCUUACUGGAGCUCAAGAAACUCUGCAUCAGAGAGGCCGAGAUCACAGGACAUUUGUCCUCAGACUAUCCUCUGUUACCUGGAGAGAAGCCCCCUCAGAUUCGCCGGCGCAUUGGAGCUGCUUUUAAAUUAGAUGAGCCAAGUAUCCUACAUGGAACUGAGGACUCUGAGCUGAGCUCUGUGGAGGCUGAUCUGGCUCUUCAGCAGCAGAUAUACGUGGCGGCCCAGAGACUGUGCAAGGAGGAGCAUCUCAGCAAAGCGGUGAAGAGGAGUCGUCUACAGCAGUACCAGCGUGAGGAAAGGAAACUCAAAGAUCUACAGGAAGCUGUGUUCAGGCUGCGACUGGAACAUGGCCGAUCCUCACCACGCCCUGGCAUGAUCACACAGAGAGGAUGCACUUCAGAUGAUAGCUCAUUGUCAGACUCGGCUGUUCUUGAUGAGGAGGAAUUGUCUUCCCAGCUUUCUUCAGAGCCUCCUGCCCCUGCUGUAGACCUUCACCCUCCACCUCUUACCAACUCUAAUCCCCCUCCUCAUACACCUAUAGUCCCCUCUUACCGGCCCCUGGAGGCCAUUGUCCGUCAAACCCCCCCACAAUCCCUGGAGGACUUGCACACAUGCCAAAGUCCAAUCUUAGAGCAUGACCCUGCCCCCAUUCAAAACUCUCCCUGGAUGGAGAGUAGUUUGGACAAGCCCUAUCAGAAAAAGAAAAGAUCUCACUCUAGUAGCAUCAAAUCCAGUAGUCCUGCUGUUACCCCCACGUUGCCUCCACUGGAGGUUUGUCUUGAGGAUGCCGGGAUAUCACUGCAAAUACCCACCCAUGCUGCCCUGAAACACACACAGUCCUGCAGCGCACCCUCCACUCCAGAGAUACACCUGCGCAGGAGACAUACCCUUAGAGCUCCCAACACUGAAUCCAACCCUUAUGAUCCUGAGCGGGAACGUGGGCGCUCAAGGGGCCCCAGGAGACGAUUGACAGACUUUGCGGUGACACCAUCAGAAUACUCUUCUUUAAGUCUAAAUGUUGGAAACCCUUUGUACUACACUAGUUCUGAGGACAGCAACUCAGAGCACUCUGUGCAGUCCUUCGCCAGCUCGCCCUGCCAGGAGCACCCUGGGGAACUUCCGUGGCCCUACCAACCCCAGUAUGGAUACCAAUACGCCAGUCUCAAUGACAGCCAUGUACCACAAAGAUGCUCCCCUACCCACUUCUACAAGAACCCUCAGUACCAGUCCUCACCGAGCUUUUCCAGGGGGUACGUGGAGGACGGAUGGGGUCACCCCUUGGAAAGGGACAGUGGGAGGUUGUACAUAAGCCACCAGGCCCCUUCGCCUGUUUAUUCUUCUAAUGGUCACUAUGAGUACUACUAUAGCGAGGCUAUGCCUUCCCAGCAGCGAAGUUGCAGGUUGUUACCCGCCCACGUGAAACUGUCACGGGCUCCUUCGCUGAGAGAGUAUUCUCACCAUCCUAGCAGAGGCCUGCCACGGCAGGUGGUGUCAGAGGAACUCAAAUCAUGGCACCAGCGCAACCAACUCCGACUGCCUCGACCGCACUCACUGGACCGGGACAGGCAGGGCACGCUCCGCAUCCCCGAGUCACCGCUUUCGCUUUCCCAGCACCACCGUUUCCAGGAACAGCAGGUAUCCCAGAAACGGGUCAUUCUGAGGACUCCAGACAGGUUGUAUGAGGAUGACUCUGAGGUUGCCAGCCAGGUGUGAAACCAUGGACACCCUUCUGACAACAGCCGUAUUUAUUCAAUAAUUUAUUAAGAUGAUGGAUUAAAGGCUGAUAGAUUAAAGUAUAGACUUUUUUAACAUCGAACAAAAAUAGGGAUAUGUCAAGACAGUCAUCAUUUUCUAUGAAAUGCCUUGUCCCAAAAUUUUUGAGAGUAUUACUGUGAAAGACAAUUUUUAAAAAGUGUUUUAUAGUU